CUGGUUUUCUUUUCAGUACUGUCACAGUAGAUUUGCACAGGUCUGGUGAGAUCUUCAAAAACAUUUCUGAAAACUCCACUAUCAUAUAUUUAUCUAUUACUACAGAAAGAUAAUUGCAGAAAUGAAAAUGCGGGCCAUAACAUUUGGCCUUCUUCUGUACUUCUUCUCGGAAGCUUCUGGUAGAUUUUACUUCCCAACACAACCCAAUACAACACCAUGGUGGAAUAAUGGGGGAGAUCAGACACAAAAUGGUGGCGACCAAACCCAAAAUGGUGGAGACCAAACCCGAAAUGGCGGAGAUCAAACACGAAAUGGCGGAGAUCAGACACGAAAUGGUGGAAAUCAGGUACAAAACAGAACAGUUGGAGAUGGCCUUCCACCGGAUGCCUGUGACAGUAACCGAUUUUCCAACAAGAUUUAUUACAAUGCUCAUCCGUCCGAUUGCACCAAAUAUGUAUCAUGUAGCCAGUUGAGCAGUGGUAAUUAUUUAGGUGUCGUCAUGUCCUGUGCCCGAGGCCGCUUUUGGAAUGAUAAAGCAUUCACAUGCGAUUACCCAUGGAACGUUAAAUGUGCUAACGAUAAAUGCAAAUCACUGGGAAAUCCUGCCGUCUAUCAAACAGAUUCUACAUCAUGUUUAAUGUGGGGAGUCUGCAGCUAUGGAAUAACAACUUCUAUUCAACCUUGUGCAGACCUGAAAGCUUCAGGAACUUAUCAUUCGAUGUUAGGAUCUUGCCUUGAUUCCCGAGAAUGUACACCCUAUGGUAUGACUACUCCAUCAUCGCAACGCUGCUUUCCCAUACCAAAAUGCCAAAUUUCUGAAACCCUUGAUUAUCAAAAUUGUCGGUGUUUGCCGAAAUGUGCUUAUCCACCAAACUGCGGUGCUGAUGAACGACUGAAUACUACAAGUUGCCGAUGCCAAAAAGCUUGUCCUUUUACUCAGCCAUGCAGUGGUUCGCAAACUCUUGAUUUGAUUUCAUGCCAAUGUGUUUCCAAAUGCCCAACAUUGUAUUGCCGUAAUGAUGAAAAGAUAAAUUAUGAUACCUGUCGUUGUGAGGCUCGUUGUCGAAACGUACAGUCUUGUGGUAUUUCUCAAAAGUUCAACGAUAUCACAUGCCAAUGUGAAGAAAAAUGCAGUUAUGCAGUUUCCUGCAGCGCAAAUGAAAGAGUUAAUUAUGAUACCUGUCGUUGUGAGCCUCGUUGUCGAAACGUACAGUCUUGUGGUAUUUCUCAAAAGUUCAACGAUAUCACAUGCCAAUGCGAAGAAAAAUGCGGUUAUGCAGUUUCCUGCAGAGCAAAUGAAAAAUUUAAUUAUGAUACCUGUCGCUGUGAGCCUCGUUGUCGAAACGUACAGUCUUGUGGUAUUUCUCAAAAGUUCAACGAUAUCACAUGCCAAUGCGAAGAAAAAUGCAGUUAUGCAGUUUCCUGCAGAGCAAAUGAAAAAGUUAAUUAUGAUACCUGUCGUUGUGAGCCUCGUUGUCGAAACGUACAGUCUUGUGGUAUUUCUCAAAAGUUCAACGAUAUCACAUGCCAAUGCGAAGAAAAAUGCAGUUAUGCAGUUUCCUGCAGAGCAAAUGAAAAAGUUAAUUAUGAUACCUGUCGUUGUGAGCCUCGUUGUCAAAAUGUACAGUCUUGUGGUAUUUCUCAAAAGUUCAACGAUAUCACAUGCCAAUGCGAAGAAAAAUGCAGUUAUGCAGUUUCCUGCAGAGCAAAUGAAAAAGUUAAUUAUGAUACCUGUCGUUGUGAGCCUCGUUGUCAAAAUGUACAGUCUUGUGGUAUUUCUCAAAAGUUCAACGAUAUCACAUGCCAAUGCGAAGAAAAAUGCAGUUAUGCAGUUUCCUGCAGAGCAAAUGAAAAAGUUAAUUAUGAUACCUGUCGCUGUGAGCCUCGUUGUCGAAACGUACAGUCUUGUGGUAUUUCUCAAAAGUUCAACGAUAUCACAUGCCAAUGCGAAGAAAAAUGCAGUUAUGCAGUUUCCUGCAGAGCAAAUGAAAAAGUUAAUUAUGAUACCUGUCGCUGUGAGCCUCGUUGUCGAAACGUACAGUCUUGUGGUAUUUCUCAAAAGUUCAACGAUAUCACAUGCCAAUGCGAAGAAAAAUGCGGUUAUGCAAUUUCCUGCAGAGCAAAUGAAAAAGUUAAUUAUGAUACCUGUCGCUGUGAGCCUCGAUGCCAAACUGUGAGAAUUUGUGACGUCAAUAAACAACGGUUCAAUGAUAUUACAUGUCAAUGUGAAAAUAAAUGUAAUUAUUUGCCAACCUGCCGAAAUGAUGAACGAAUAAACUACGAUACUUGUCGCUGUGAAAGUCGUUGUUCCGUGGUAAGCAACUGCAAUGCAAACCAAAGAUUUGAUUAUGUGCAAUGCCGAUGUAUCACUCAGUGCAUUACGCCACCAGUAUGUACAUCUGGUGAGCAGCUUGAUCUCAUUAACUGUAGAUGUGUUAAUGUCUUCUGUCCAAAUGCUCCAAUUUGUCAGAAUGGAGAACGUUUAGACAAUACAAGAUGCAUCUGUACAAGAACCGCUACAGAUUCACCAGUACGACCAACAGGAUUAGAUUGCAAACCAACUGUGAAUAUUAACUUUCGAAGUCUUAACCAGACCAAUUCGCGAUUCCUACACGUAAAAGGCGUUACAACUAGAUACAACACAGAAGCUGAAGAUAACUACACUGGAGUGUUCGAUGGUUAUUGCCAAAUACUUCUUACGAAAUUCAAUUUCGGAAAUACCAUUCCUCCAAUAGCCAUUUCACUUCGAUACCGCCUAGAAAAGAGCCAAUUGGGUAUAAAACCAUACGCUCUUAUAACCAACAGUAAUAACAUGCAGUCACCAUCCAUUUUAAUCGUAGCCACAUCAAGCUAUAUAGAAUUCGGAAUUCGAACACUACAACAAGGUUACAAAUCAAUCAAAAUUUUAGCUUCAGGUUCUGAUUGGGAAAAUGUUGGGUGGAUAUAUGAUGGUAAUCAACUUAUUGCCCAGGUUGGUGAUUAUGUUCAGAAGACACCAGUAUCAGGAACAAUUGAAGGAAAGUCAAAUAGUUUGGUAAUUGGUGCUGGUUAUGGAUAUGAAAAUUUCCGAGGAGAAAUAGAUUAUGUGAGAUUUUUCCAAUGCAACCCAGAUCCAUAGGAUGAAAUUCAGCUUUGAGUUUAAAGACAAAUAUAGACAAGCUUGAACGGAAUCUAACGACGAAAUUUUUUUACAGUUUUCUAUAAUAGGAAAAUAAUGUCUCAGAUUAACAACUUUCUUAUCCAAUGAAGUUGGUGCUAAAUGGUUCAAUAUCGGUGAUAAAAGUAUGUUUCUUUUUGUUUCAAUAAAACAUUUAAAUUCCGAAAAAAAUUUUACGCUUUCGCGAACCCUCCCCACCACAAAUGUAUAUAUAUAUAUAUAUAUAUAAUAUAUAUAUAUAUAUAUAUAUAUAUUCAACUAAAUCCUUUUUUGUAUAUUUUAUAAUAAAGUGUCUCCAAUAUCACUUCAAA